UACGCAAUCAGGUUCAAGACAAGGUACAGAGUACUAAAUCACCGUCGUUCAGACUGACUCCACGGUUGUGGGGUAAACCACAUGCGCCUCUGAUGCGCUCGAAUAGAAACAUCACUAACGGAAGCCAGGCACUUCAAGUUCUCGGCUCGGCAGUGAACUCUCGUUUCUUGGACCCUGCCAGCUCGAACCGAGCCAUCAGUAUCCUCUCAUUGUUUAUUACCAGCACCUAUUCGCCAGUAUGACCACCAAGGCCUUCCGACUCGCCAAAAGAUCCCAGAAUGCCUUCGGUUCUGAACAGCCCGACGCCCGAAGUUGACAUGUAGGAUGAAAACUGGAUCUAGCGUCAUCUAGGCAGAGAAAUAAGACCGAAUUACCAGGAUGAUUGCCGACUGCGGGGACCCUAGGGAGUCUGGGGUAUAUUUAAGCACCAGCCGCCCUCUUCACCGUAGACGCCUGUCCUCCGUACACCGUUCCAUCGCUUCCCGACAAGAUGCGCCUCCUCAAUUGCCUUGUCGGCACGGCCGUCCUUGCCUCUUCUGCCGUCGCCGCGCCCCCUGGCAAGGUCAAGACGCCCCAAUUCUUCAACGCGGCGCGUCACCCAGGCGCAGAUCCCCAUGUCAUCUGGGACGCCGCCAGCCACCAGUACUACGUCUACUCCACCGAGGGCGCCGAUCCAGGAUACAACUUUGCCAUCUACAGCUCCCCCGACCUGGCGACAUGGCACCGCCACGAGGGCGGCGUGCUGCGUGCCUGCUACGACGACGACAUGAACAGGCUGCCGGGUGGCCAGGCGUGCUGGGCGCGCGACUGGUACUGGGCGCCCGAGACGUACCACAACGAGGAGACGGGGUGGUAUUUCUUCUUCUUCGCCGGGCGGAUGACGGAGGACCUGACGGCGGACAACUUUCGCUACUCCGAGUUUGAGGAGCCCUCCAAGAUUGGCGUCGCCGUCUCCAAGUCGCCCACAGGUCCGUUCGAGGAGAUUGAGGACAAGCCCAUUGACUACUGGCCGUUUGAUCCCAAUUACCACGACGUCAACCUGAUCAUGGACAAGGACCAGAUGCUGCCGCCCCAGAGCCGGGAGGAGGGGCAGACGGCGCCCAUGGGCACCUUUAUCCCCACCAUUGACGUGAACAUCUUCUUUGACGAGGACGAGCGCGUGUACUUGUACGCGUCUCGCAACGCCUACCGCAACUGGAACUGGGACGACGAGCUGGGCAAAUACAUUGAGGAGUCCAAUAUCAUCGUCGUCGAAAUGGACCGCGCGUGGUGGGACGACCCGACGGCCUCGACCAUGCCCGAGAUCAUCGCGUCGCAAAAGGACAUCCACGCCCACGACGCACCCAGUCUUCCAUGCAACAUCACCUCGUACAACGGGACCGGCGAGCUCGGGGCCCCACCGCGCAAGGACGGCUGGCAGACGGUCAUCUCGUACGGCGCUGAUCCCCAGGCAUGGGAGAACUACCACGUCAACGACUACGAGGUCUUCAACGGCACCAAGAAGGACCGUCGUUGGUCCGAGGGCAGCACGCUCCUCAAGCGCCCGGGACAACACGGCCAGUCCACCUACAUCAUCCUGUACAGCGCCAACAACUACGAGGCAUCCAACUACAGCGUCGGCUACGCCACGGCCGAGUCACCCCUGGGCCCGUUCGUCAAGUCCACCAGCAACCCCAUACUGUCACAGGACCCGGACGCCGCGAUACCAAUCUACUCGACCGGACACGGGAGCGUCGUCGCCUCGCCGCCCAAGGGCAAGGGUGUGCACGUUGGUGCGCAGGACGUCACUCGUCAGACACCCAAGGGCGCAGAGCUCUUCUACGUGCACCACGGACGCAACGACACGACGGUCGCUCGGUCCCUCUACACGACGCGCAUGACGCUGGACGAGGAAAAUGUCCGCUUCGGGUCGAAUGAUCUCAUCACCACGCAUCUCACCUCGCAAGAUCAGGAUCUGCCCAAGGGGACGUACCCACUGCACAUGGAAGCGAGUUGCUCCCAGAAGGGGCAGGUAACUGUGCAGGUUGAGUCCAAGCCGGGCGCUGCCUUUGAUCUCACAGAGGGAUCCAAUAGAGUGGUCGGGUUGCCCGGCGAUGUCGAGGCCACGACGGUGACGGGUGAGAGUGGCAGCUUUGAGCUCGACUUUGGACAGGCUGGCGUGAAGGACGUUGCGUAUCAGCGACUGAGUGUCGACGGCAGCUGGAAUACGGUGAUCACGCGUAAGACUGGCUGUAAGAAGUAGACAAGCGUGCUUUGAUACAGGUCAUGCCAAUGAAUAGACAAGCUGAAACCAUGUUGUUGUGCGUCGCGUUGACACGCCCAAUGGUCAUCUCGGGUGAAAUCA